UAUCCUGCAUCUCAACUCCUCUUCAGAUAGCAGAUUUGAAACACUGUCUUUCAAAGCAUUAGUGCAGAUAUGAGGGUGGCUUUAGUGGUCUUGUGUGUGAUGUGGCUGUCCUCAUGUGAGGGCCGCAAACUAUCUCGAUGCACUGUUGCCCGUAUCUUCAAGCAACAGGGACUGGAUGGCUAUGAGGGAUUCUCACUUGGCAACUAUGUGUGCACUGCCUACUGGGAAAGCAAGUACAAGACCCACAGAGUGCGCUCGGCUGAUACUGGGAAAGACUAUGGGAUUUUCCAGAUUAACAGUUUUAAAUGGUGUGAUGAUGGAACACCAGAUGGAAGGAACCUGUGCAAAAUACCCUGCACAGAUUUGCUCAAGGAUGACCUGAAAGCUUCGGUUGAGUGUGCAAAGAAAAUUGUGAAAACAGGAGGACUGAAGUCAUGGGACACCUGGGACAGUUAUUGUAAUGGCCGUAAGAUGAAACGCUGGGUGAAAGGUUGUGACUUAAACUAGACCUGAUUCCUCUUAAUUUGCUAUAAUGCCCGCAGAGUGUGUAAUACAUGCAUUUUUUGCCCCUUGGCUGAUUUUUCAAAACUAAAUUGUCAUUAUUGGGAUUUGUAACCUUGCAUUUUACAAGUUUUGAGAUGUACAUUAAAGCAUCUUCUCAA